AAAAAAUCGUGUACAUCACCUUAAAUACAAAUUGUGAGAACGACAUAUUGUGGGACUGCCGUUGGAGGAAGAUUACAGGGACAAGAUCAAGUCGCGACCGGCUUUAUUUUAGUGCCAUAUGCCCAUGUUCCCUUGUCUGAUGAUACCUGACCCUAUCCCCGACUCUUUUGCUGCCCAUCCUACCAAUAAUUAUCUGAAAAGAACAAGCAGAGAGGUCAGAGAGGAAGGAAAAUGGUGAAAGGAAAUAGAGAGAAACAUGUAUGGGCAAGCCUAAUAUCUAUCUAGAAUGCUGGUUUGUAUGCAAGAGAAAGAGUAAUGUCAAGGUGAAGUGAGCUCUCUCAAGUGCAAUUAACAUGAGAUAGCCAGAGAGGUAAAUAAUGCCUGCAACCAGGCACAAGUUGCAGCCGAGAUGAGUGACCGCCGCAUGGUCCCUUCCUGCCUUGCUUCUUCGUCUUACCAAGCACCGAUGGGGCCAUCAAAGAUGCCGUCAUUUAUUGCAGAAAUCUUUCGCUUUCCUUUCUCCAAAUGGUGGUAAAUUGCAGAUGGAUGGAUGAUGGCUUCGACCCUCCUCCAUCUUCAUCGACGAAAAGGUGAAGAAAAGAGGAGCGAAGUGGCGUGGAUCGACUCACAGCAAGAUGUGCAUCCCGUGUUGACACGGUCAACGCAGUUGACUUCACGAAGCUUCACUGUGUCGACUCGGUCAACAGCAUGGAACAGAUGAAGAUGGGUUGCCGACCGCAUGUAUCACGCACGCGGCCAUGGACUCGUUUGCUUCUCUUAGCCAGUAGGUUGCUGAACGACCGUGACAUGAUGCCUUUCUGCAGCUGCAACCUCUUUUCCUUCUCACUUCGCUUUCACGAGACGAUAACAGCCGCAAUGGUAGGGGGUUUAAUUUAUUCCAACGCUCUCCUCUCCUCAAUAAAGGAAGCGACAAAGUCCUCUCUCCUUCCCCCACUCCCGUCACCUCCUCUCCCCCUCCGCAGGCAGCAGCAGCAGCAGCACACGACAUGAAGGUACAGUGCGACGUCUGCGCGGCAGAGGCCGCCGAGGUGUACUGCUGCGCCGACGAAGCCGCGCUCUGCGGCCGCUGCGACCGUCACGUCCACCGCGCGAACCGGCUCGCCGGCAAGCACCACCGCUUCUCGCUCCUCCACCCUUCCUCUUCCGCCCAAUCCCCGCCGCUUUGCGAUGUUUGUAAGGAGAAGAGGGGGCUGCUCUUCUGCCAGGAGGACCGCGCGAUCUUGUGCAGGGACUGCGACGUCCCGAUCCACAGCGCCACCGCGCUCACCAUGAAGCACAACAGGUUCCUCCUUACCGGCCUCAGCGUCUCGGCCGCUCCGCUCCCGCCGUCGCUGUCCGCGGAGGCCGAGGCGGUGGACUGUCCGCGCGGCAGCGGCGUGAGGGCCAAGAGCAGCAGCAGCAGCAGCUCAGCCACCACGGCGGUGACCACGAACAGCAACAGCAGCAGCAUCUCAGAGUACCUGAUCAAGAUGCUGCCGGGGUGGCACGUCGAGGACUUCCUGACCGACGACGCCGCCGUGCAUGCCUUGUGCAAGACGGAGGAAGAGGAGGAGGAGGUCGAGCCGCUGUGUGGAUCGAACGCCAUUGGUGGGGCUCUUCCAGUUCCUCGAGUCCCGCAUUGGUUCUCAGGCGGCGAGGGAAUCGGGCUGGAGCAGGUGGAGUUGAAGGCAAGCAGCCGCAACAAGAGGCCGAGGAUAUCGGUAAGGUACCUGUAAACGUGUAAUCACACCAAACAACGGUCAGAUUUCACCGAGAGGAUGAACACAAUCAACAAUCCCAGCUGUGAGACGCAUUCUUUUUUUGAGCUUUUGGGGUGCCCAGCGCUGUUAAGCUGUCUGCCCCUCUCCGAAUGAGAAAGCUUUCAUGACGCCGAAACUAGUAGACUUACCUGUGUGGUUGGACAUGCUUAGUACCAACAUGUACCUUUUUUUUUCUCUCCUUCUCCUUUUCCAGCCUUUUGGCCAUUUUUAUCCUGAUUUUUUUUUUCUCUUUCUUCUUUCUUUACUAUGUGAAGGAAAGAUAGAGAGAGGGUAGUCCAUCUCAGGAUGCAUCUGUUGUGGCCAACUCCAUCGGUUGUUAAUUAAAUUGAUAUGAUGCGUGUCAUUUGUAUUAGACCACUUUCUUCUUUAUCAAAUGGAUGAUGACAGUAUUUAUGGU